AUGAGUUUCAGAGGGGGAGCUCGAGGGAAGUCGUCUUCUGCAUUUAGUAAUCUACCGUUCGGGCUCAGUUAUAGUGAUGUUGGUGCCAAUGGAUCUACGGAAUUACCUACGAUUCCACUCCCAAUGAACCAUCCUAGUAAUGACCUAGAACGUGAAAUAGCGAUGCAUUACAUCAACUUCAGAAAUGCAUUGAAGGAUGGACCGUUGUUCACCGGUUCUAUGGAAUUAAUCUCAGAGGAUGAUGAAGAGGACAAUGGUGAGGCUGAAAAGAAUGGAAAGAAGAAGAGGAAACAAAAACAACAAGUUGAUGCUGAUGGGCUCAACGAUGGUAUCGAGAGAUAUUCGGAUAAAUACUUGAAAAGAAGAAAGAUCGGUACUUCGAUCGAUGAGUAUCCAUUCAAUGUCGAUUUCUUCCCCAAGGAACUAUAUCAAGUACUAGGCAUAAACAAAAAGAAGUUGAUCCAAUUAUCGAAACUGGACAAGAACCAAACUCUAUUUGGUGCCAGUGGAUCCAAGGAAGAGGAUGAAGCCGUUGGACGAGCAUUGCUUGAGAAAUUGAGCGGAAUGGCCGAAGAAGAAGAAGAUGCAGAUGAAGAGAAUGAAGAGAAAGAUAGAGACAAGGGAGACGUCGAUGAAGAUGACGAAUUUGAAGAAGAUGAUGAUGACGAUUACAAUGCAGAGAAGUACUUCGAUGAUGGUGAUGAUGACCUAGGAGGCGAGGAUGAGUACCCAGAUGAGGCUGAAUUCUAA